GGAAGGAGUUAAGAGAAAAAAAAGAGUGUUGUUAUAGUGUUGUUGCGGGUUCAGUGGGUUGUGAACAAAGUGGAAGACAAAGCCGGCUCUCUUUUGGUUUUUCAGAUUAUCUAAAGGACGACCCUCAAAGACCAAAAGCAUUUUCGUUUUCACUUUCUCUCUUUGUUAUCGUUUUUGGGUGUUUCUGAGAGAAGUUGGAUUCGUUGUCUUGUCGUUUCUUGCAUCUGCCUUGAUCGCUUAAACAAACACAACGGCCCAGAAUUUUGGAUAGGCCUGCCAUGUUGUUGUUGUUGUUGUGAUUGCAAAACCAAAGCUUUGAUCUUUUUUUAAUUUUUUGUAUUGGAAGACUUCAAAGUUUUGAGCUUUUCUUGGAUUGAAGAGAGAAAGGAGGUGAAAUUUGAGUUUGUGGGUCAAAGUUAGAUGGGGUGUUUUCCGUGUUUUGAUUCCAAAGAGGAGGAGAAGCUGAAUCCGGAGAAAGAAAGCGAUGAUCGGAAGCAGGGUCAACCGACGGUGUCUUCUAACAUUUCCAGAUUGCCUUCCGGAGUUGACAGACUGAGAUCAAGAAGCAAUGGGGGGUCAAGAAGGGUUGAUGUAGGGUCCAAAAUGCCUGAUCCCAAGGAUGUAGUACCUGGGGGCCAAAUUGCGGCCCAAACUUUCACUUUUCGUGAGCUUGCUACUGCAACAAAAAAUUUUAGACCCGAGUCUUUCAUAGGAGAAGGGGGUUUUGGGCGUGUAUACAAGGGGCGACUCGAGAGCACCGGUCAAAUUGUUGCUGUUAAGCAAUUGGAUAGGAACGGGCUUCAGGGAAAUAGAGAAUUUCUAGUCGAGGUUCUCAUGCUAAGUCUUUUACAUCAUACAAACCUGGUGAACCUGAUUGGAUACUGUGCAGAUGGAGAUCAAAGGCUUCUUGUUUAUGAGUUUAUGCCCUUAGGAUCAUUGGAAGAUCACCUUCAUGAUGUUCCUCUAGAUAAAGAAGUAUUGGAUUGGAACACAAGAAUGAAAAUAGCUGCUGGUGCAGCCAAAGGAUUGGAAUACCUACAUGACAAGGCAAACCCUCCAGUUAUAUACAGGGACUUCAAAUCAUCAAAUAUAUUACUGGAAGAAGGAUUUCACCCUAAGCUUUCAGAUUUUGGGCUUGCAAAGCUUGGUCCUACUGGAGACAAGUCACAUGUUUCUACCCGGGUUAUGGGCACUUAUGGUUAUUGUGCUCCAGAGUAUGCAAUGACAGGACAAUUGACAGUGAAGUCGGAUGUCUACAGCUUUGGGGUGGUGUUUUUGGAGCUGAUUACUGGCCGUAAAGCCAUUGAUAGCACUAGAUCCCAUGGGGAACAGAACCUUGUCACUUGGGCACGUCCCUUGUUCAAUGAUCGCAGGAAGUUUUCAAAAUUGGCAGAUCCGAGACUGCAGGGGCGGUAUCCAAUGAGGGGUCUCUACCAAGCUCUUGCUGUGGCAUCCAUGUGCAUUCAGGAACAAGCGGCCACACGUCCUCUGAUUGGGGAUGUGGUUACUGCUCUAUCUUAUCUAGCCAACCAGGCAUAUGACCCUACUGCUGCAUCAGGGCAUGGUCAUAGAAGUUCUGGAGAAAAGGAUGAGAGACGAAGAGAUGAGAGAGGUGGAAGGAUAUUGAAGAAUGAGGAAGGGGGAGGAUCUGGACGCAAAUGGCCAGAUUUAGAUGGUGGGUCUGAGAAGGAUGAUUCCCCAAAGGAAACUGCAAGGAUGUUAAACCGGGAUUUGGAUAGAGAACGGGCUGUUGCUGAGGCCAAGAUGUGGGGUGAGAAUUGGCGAGAGAAGAGACGACAGAGUGCACAAGGCAGUUUUGACGGUACUAAUUUGUAGUGCCAUUGAGUACAAUACACCAUGCCUUGUCUACCUUGAUUCCUUUUCCUCCUAAGAUGUAAGAAGCUGUGUUGUUGUUGUUUUCUGGCUGCUCAGUGUAAGGGAGCUGGUGCAUGCCGACACAUGUUUUCUAAUUUAACCCUUUUCUUUUCUUUUGCCUUUGAUCAAAACAUGAUAAGAAGAAGAACCAUAAAAAGAAAGUGUAAUUAUCUUCUAGGAGAGUGAGAACAGAAGGACAGGACGUUUUGCAAAAUUUUGAGAGUAAACACGUCUGGAUAAUACUGUAUUGUUCUUCUGUUGUCGACUCUAUGUACCUGUAGUGUUCUUGAACAAAAAAAAAAAAUGCAUCUCUGGUGUUUUUUGGC